AUGGAGGAAAAGAAAAGGAAGUCGAAGGGUAGAAAAUUGUUGAACUCACUGAGCUCAACAAGUAAGGGGAAUAGUAGUGGUGUCAAACGAAUGUCAACAUUGGAAGACACUUCUAAAUCCAUAAGGAAACCCCCAAAAUGUUUCGUUUAUGACUAUAUGAAUUUAUCUCAGGAAGUGAAGGAUUUGGGUAUGAGAAUUGAUUGUUGUUUUGAUAUUGGAUUAGAUUUGAGGCGUAAAAUAUUGAAGUGGUUUGGAGGUAACUCGGAUUUGCUUAAACAAUUUAAAGGUUAUAGUAACGACACGUUUUUGGAAGAAAUAAUGAAGCUAACACAAUCAAAUGCGUUUGAAUUUGAUGGCUGGUUACUUCGUCUUGAACUAUUUGUCCAAGUGUAUGAACCUAAUGCUGAGUUACUUCGUCUUGGAUCGUCUUUCCAAGCGUAUGAACUGAAUACCAAGCUGCUUCAUCCUGAGUUGAGCCGUCAGGCGUCUGAACUUGAUGGCUGGUUACUUCGUCUUGAACUAUUUGUCCAAGUGUAUGAACCGGCUGCUGUGUUGCUUCUACCUGAACUGUUUUGCCAGGCGUGUGAAUUUGACGGCUGGUUACUUCGUCUUGAACUAUUUGUCCAAGUGUAUGAACCUAAUGCUGAGUUACUUCGUCUUGGAUCGUCUUUCCAAGCGUAUGAACUGAAUACCAAGCUGCUUCAUCCUGAGUUGAGCCGUCAGGCGUCUGAACUUGAUGGCUGGUUACUUCGUCUUGAACUAUUUGUCCAAGUGUAUGAACCGACUGCUUUGUUGCUUCUACCUGAACUGUUUUUCCAGGCGUGUGAAUUUGAUGGCUGGUUACUUCGUCUUGAACUAUUUGGAUUUUCUGUUUUUGAACCUAAUGCUGAGUUACUUCGUCUUGGAUCGUCUUUCCAAGCGUAUGAACUGAAUACCAAGCUGCUUCAUCCUGAGUUAAGCCGUCAGGCGUCUGAACUUGAUGGCUGGUUACUUCGUCUUGAACUAUUUGUCCAAGUGUAUGAACCGACUGCUGUGUUGCUUCUACCUGAACUGUUUUGCCAGGCGUGUGAAUUUGAUGGCUGGUUACUUCGUCUUGAACUAUUUGGAUUUUCUGUUUUUGAACCUAAUGCUGAGUUACUUCGUCUUGGAUCGUCUUUCCAAGCGUAUGAACUGAAUACCAAGCUGCUUCAUCCUGAGUUAAGCCGUCAGGCGUCUGAACUUGAUGGCUGGUUACUUCGUCUUGAACUAUUUGUCCAAGUGUAUGAACCGACUGCUGUGUUGCUUCUAACUGAACUGUUUUGCCAGGCGUGUGAAUUUGAUGGCUGGUUACUUCGUCUUGAACUAUUUGGAUUUUCUGUUUUUGAACCUAAUUCUGAGUUACUUCAUCUUGGAUCGUCUUUCCAAGCGUAUGAACUGAAUACCAAGCUGUUUCAUCCUGAGUUAAGCCGUCAGGCGUCUGAACUUGAUGGCUGGUUACUUCGUCUUGAACUAUUUGUCCAAGUGUAUGAACCGACUGCUGUGUUGCUUCUACCUGAAUUGUUUUGCCAGGCCGUGGGUCAAGACCAGAGAGCUACAGGUACACCUGGGGCAACAGAGCACUCACAGGCGGGGUCGGGGCAAGGGCAGCACGUCACGGAAGUUCUCAGCUUAAUCUUACCGGCGCUAUAUCUUGGGUGCGCGAUAUGGUGGGACUGUCUAGCACAGAGACCCCCAAGCAUCCCUGAGUUACAGCAGCUGGCGGAGGCAACGCAAAUCGGGGAACCGGCAAGUUCUUCCGCAGAAGUCAGGCAGCUAGUAGACCACCUCAGUGAGCAAGCCAGGGAGGUGGCCAGUGAAGCUUCAAUGGAAAGAACACCCAGAGCUCUUGCAAUGUGGAUGGCUGGGCUAACGCUAGCAUUCGCUAUCUCAUGGUAA